CGCAGGCGUCGUCCCGUCGUAAUCUGGUCACCUUGGAGUGUUAGGAUGUUAAUCAAAAGCCACCUCCGCGUAGGUCUGCUUUUCUCCUCUCUCCCGCCCCUUAAAGGGGCUGGGGAUUUUAAUCAAGCACCUCGUGUAGCGUUUGGCUCUCUCCUCUCGUUCGCCCCCGCCUCUCAUACCUUCUAAGUGAGACGCGGGGUCCAGAAGUCUGGGAAAGCUGUAAGUCUGACUGCCUCCUUGGCAGGGAGUAGUGAGUUCUUGGUUUCUGGAGGUUUUUAAGCAAGGACUGGAAUUUGGCAGUGGUGUAGUAUAAGCACUUCCUAAGCUGUAUCUACUGUACUAGAUAAGCCCUUAAAAAAAAAAAAUUGUUGUAUCCCUGAAAAGCAUGAUGGUGCAGUAGAAUUUGUCUGGAGAACAUCCACCUUCAGUACAGAGCAGUCCGGCACUUUCAACUUAAAACUAAAAACGGAAAGAGUGGGCCAGUUUUCAGUAUCUGUGGAGUGAGGGUCACUGAAAUAAAUCUGCAGACGUUUGACCUGGGCCGGGCAAGCAGUCUCUGUACUACCUGGUUCUCACGCUCUAGAUUUUUAUCCUCUAGAGCUCUUUGAGUACACGCCCCCUCCGCUACAAAGACAGUUGCGGUUCCUAAUAAAAGCACUUCUUGUUGGCGCUCAUAAACAAGAAAAUUUUGUCAAAUCUCCGUAGAAACGCUAGUUUGGGCCUGGAAACCCCAGGAGUACGUGUAGUUUUGCCACUUCUUAAGGACCUGGGGAGGACUCCAUUUCCCAAGAGCUUGAUGGUGGUGAAGUGCUGGUUGUAAUUUCGAAAGACUGCCCUUCAGUGUUUUAAAAACACCGCUUGGCGUUGGCCUAAGAGCUGAGAGCCGGUCCGACGGGCUGGGAAGCCAUGGAAGCUGCUGGGAAAGAGGAAAUCAGUGUUGAAGAUGAAGCUGUGGAUAAAAACAUUUUCAAAGACUGCAGCAAGAUUGCUUUCUACAGGCAUUUGUAUACUCUGUAUCUGUAGGCGUCAGAAACAGCAGCUCUCCACAAAGUCCACCUAUCAGGCAUUACUAGACUCCGCCACAAAAGGCAAAGACAGCACCAAGUUCCAAAUCCUCAAUGAAGCAACUAAGGUUCCUCUUCUGGCUGAAGUUUAUGGUAUAGAGGGAAAUAUUUUCAGGCUUAAAAUCAAUGAAGAAACUCCCCUGAAACCCAGGUAUGAAGUUCCUGAUAUUGUCACAAGCAAGCCACGCACCGUAAGGCUGAUUUCAUCCUCAGGGGAUGCAGGUAGUCUGGUAUUGGCUGAUGGAAAAGGAGAUCUGAAGUGUCAUAUCACAGCAAACCCAUUUAAGGUAGAUUUAGUGUCUGAAGAAGAGGUUGUGAUGAGCAUAAACUCCCUGGGCCACUUGUACUUUGAGCACCUGCAAGUUCCUCUCAAGAAAAGAGCUACCAAAGAAAAUAAGGAGGACACAUCAGUUGACGCUUCUCAGGAAAACCAAGAGGAUCUAGGCUUGUGGGAGGAGAAAUUCGGAAAAUUUGUGGAUGUCAAAGUUAAUGGCCCUGCCUCCAUUGGUUUGGAUUUCUCCUUGCACGGAUUUGAGCAUCUUUAUGGGAUCCCACAACAUGCAGAAUCACACCAACUUAAAAAUACUGGUGAUGGCGAUGCUUACCGUCUUUAUAAUCUGGAUGUCUAUGGAUAUAAAAUACAUGACAAAAUGGGCAUUUAUGGUUCAGUGCCUUAUCUCCUGGCCCACAAACCAGGCAGGACUCUAGGCAUUUUUUGGCUGAAUGCCUCAGAAACGCUAGUGGAGAUCAAUACAGAGCCUGCAGUAAAGUACACACUGACCCAGAUGGGCCCCGUUGCAGCUAAACAAAAGGUCAGAUCUCGAACUGAUGUGCAUUGGAUGUCAGAGAGUGGAAUCAUUGAUGUUUUUCUGCUGACAGGACCUACACCUUCUGAUGUUUUCAAGCAGUACUCAUACCUUACAGGCACACAAGCCAUGCCCCCUCUCUUCUCUCUGGGGUACCAUCAGUGCCGCUGGAACUAUGAGGAUGAGCAGGAUGUAAAAGCAGUGGAUGCAGGAUUUGAUGAGCAUGACAUUCCUUAUGAUGUCAUGUGGCUGGACAUAGAGCAUACCGAGGGCAAAAGGUACUUCACCUGGGACAAGAAAAGAUUCCCAAAUCCCAAAAGGAUGCAAGAGCUGCUCAGAAACAAAAAACGUAAGCUUGUGGUCAUCAGUGACCCCCACAUCAAGAUUGAUCCUGACUACUCAGUGUAUGCUGAGGCCAAAGAACAGGGCUUCUUUGUGAGGAAUCACGAAGGAGGAGACUUUGAAGGGGUAUGCUGGCCUGGUCUCUCCUCUUAUCUGGAUUUCACCAAUCCCAAGGUCAGAGAGUGGUAUUCAAGUCUUUUCACUUUCUCUGCCUAUCAGGGAUCUACUGACAUCCUCUACAUAUGGAACGACAUGAAUGAGCCCUCUGUCUUUAGAGGACCAGAGCUAACCAUGCAGAAGAAUGCCAUUCAUCAUGGCAAUUGGGAGCACAGGGAACUUCACAACAUCUAUGGUUUUUAUCAGCAAAUGGCUACUGCAGAAGGACUGAUACAGCGAUCUAAAGGAAAGGAGAGACCCUUUGUUCUUACACGUUCUUUCUUUGCCGGAUCACAAAAGUAUGGUGCUGUGUGGACAGGCGACAACACGGCAGAAUGGAGCUACCUGAAAAUUUCUAUCCCUAUGUUACUCACCCUCAGCAUUACUGGGAUCCCUUUUUGUGGAGCUGACGUAGGUGGCUUCAUUGGGAAUCCAGAAGCAGAGCUGCUAGUGCGUUGGUACCAGGCCGGAGCCUACCAGCCCUUCUUCCGGGGCCACGCUACCAUGAACACCAAGCGGCGGGAGCCAUGGCUCUUUGGGGAGGAACACACCCGGCUCAUCCGAGAAGCCAUCAGACAGCGCUACACCCUCCUGCCCUAUUGGUAUUUUCUGUUCUACCGGGCACAUGUGGCUGCCGAACCCGUCAUGAGGCCUCUAUGGAUAGAGUUCCCAGAGGAAUUAAACACUUUUGGUGUGGAAGAUGAAUAUAUGCUAGGAAGUGCUUUAUUGGUUCAUCCAGUCACAGAACCAAAAGCCACCAUAGUCAGUGCGUUUCUGCCAGGAUCAAAUGAGGUCUGGUAUGACUCUAAAACGGGUACUUAUUGGGAAGGAGCAUGUACUGUGAAGAUCCCAGUAACUUUGGACUCUAUACCAGUGUUUCAACGAGGUGGAAGUAUAGUGCCCAUAAAGACAACUAUAGGAAAAUCCACAGGCUACAUGACUGAUUCCCCAUAUGGACUCCGGGUGGCUCUCAGCACUAAGGGUUCUGCCGUGGGUGAACUCUAUCUCGACGAUGGCCAUUCAUUCCAGUACCUCCACCAGAAGCAAUUCUUGCAUAGGAAGUUUUCAUUCUUUUCAGGUGUUUUGACCAACAGUUGUGCUGACAAAAGAGGUCAUCAUCCCAGCAAGUGUGUGGUGGAGCGGGUCUUCGUCCUUGGCCUCAAGAAGCAGCCAUCUUCUGUGACCACCCAUUCAUCUGACGGUAAAGAAGAGCCUGUGGUUUUUACAUAUUGUACCACAAUGUCCACCCUGAGCCUGGAGAAGCUGUCACUGAACAUCGGCGUUGACUGGGAGGUCCACAUCAAAUAACUGUGACGUGCACCCAGUGACGGGCUCAGGAAGCAGCCUGCACCUUUCAGCCUUUCCCUUGGCCUUUUCUGAUAUUUGUGCUGCGUGCUAAUUGACUUCUCUGGCUAACAAUUAGCUUUCAUUAGGCACCACUUUACUAACAAAAACAGAUUUCAGGUUUUACAUUUUUAGAGGUACUAGGAAUACUUUUUGGGUCAAACACCACCUCAUCUCCUAGAUGCAGGUAGCCCUGAGACUUUCAUAGAGUUCAUUAAUCUUCCAUUGCUUCUUGGAUUGUGGCCCUGUGGUCAGCACUGUGGCCCAAUGAGUAGCUUCUCUUUGAGCACAGCUGGAUGGUUGUGUGUGUGUGUGUGUUUAAGUAAACUCUACCCUCAAUGUGGGGCUUAAACUCACAACCCAGAAAUCAAGAGUUACAUGCUUUACGGAUUGAGCCAGCCAGGCGCCCUGGAUGGAUUUGUUAUAUAUGAAAUGUGGGCCAAACCCACUGUUUGCGGCCCAUGUGUGGAAGCUUGCCUCAGGCCAUGCAGCAGGAUCAGUCUGGCUACAGUGGUGAGCUACUCAGGGCCUGUCUCCAAGGGGACAGCAGCCUCUCAUACCCCUCGGUCAUCUCUCACCCACUUAGAUGUGGGCAAACCCACCCUUUUCUGCUUGCACUGCAUACGCUGAAGCAACAGGGAAUUACUCUCCCCUAAAGAUUGACUCUGAAGCACAAAGGAUUCUUUUCCCUGUUGUGCUUGUUGGGCUUCAAAGUUCCCAAUGAAUCUUCUUAAAAUCCUAAUGUAUCUUAAUUGUUUUUAUUAAAUACUGUUUACUGACCACAGAAGAUUUGUAACAUGAGUAAGCUACAUUUUAUGAUUAAUAAUAACAUGAACACCCAUGUCCCCACAACUGAACUUCAGAAAUAGAACACAGGGCUGGGAUGAGGGUAAGUCAGGCACAAAAACUCUUGCCUUGGGCACAAAAUUAAGGGGGUACCAAAGAAAUGCAAUAAUCAAAAUAAAUAAUAUUUUAGUGUAUUUUUCGAAAUCAAAAUUAAUGCAAAAAAUAAUCCAUGAUGAACAAAAUAUCAAAAUUUUAAAUAAAGACAGGAUCAGUACUACUAAGUUUUCUUUCUCCCUUGGUCCCCCCCGUAUGGCUUGGCAUGGGCUAAAAAGCAUUAGGGAACACCAGUUCCUCCGGCUGCUUCCUGCUCUGGAGACACCAGUGCCUCUUCACUGCCUGUUACUGCAUCUGUAGGGCAGCCUCGUGUGCUCAGCACGUUUUCACGUUUCCUCCACUGAGCGACUUGCCAACUGCCACCUCUGUGCCUUCUGUGCCCUGGGCCCCAUUAUCCACCACUUUCCCCCUUCCCAUGCAGCUCUUACCAUCCGUUGAGGCCCAACUCAAAUGCCACUUUUCCAUUAAGCCUAUCUAAAUCCUCUGUCACCCCCGCACCCCUGGACCCAUGCGCGGUUACUUUGCUCAUCUCUGAAAUGCUGUUCCACUUAUAAUGUGCGCUCUCCCAGCAUCCUCAGGGCAGUCCCUUAAUGUUUCAGCUUUGUCUGUCUUGUUCCCCUGCUAGAGUGCAUGUUCCUCGAGAGCAUAUUUGUCUUCUGUCUGCCAGAGCACCAUUAUACUUGCCUUUCAGUAACCAAUGGCUACAAUUAGUUAACUGAUGGAUUUGAUUAAAAAGUGAGAAUUUAAUGUA